CCUCCGCCGCCAAUUCACAGCUCCCCACCAUAUCUCCAUAUACCACUUCAACGGACCGGGGCCACGCGGGUAGCCAUGCUUCUCCUCGAUUACCAGAACGUCCUCAUUGAAUCCCUGCUAAAGGACCGCUUCUCGGGAGGCCCGCCCGUCUCAAUCGACCAGGUCGUAUCCGACUUCGAUGGCGUAACCUUCCAUAUCUCCACCCCCGAAGCGAAGACCAAGAUUCUUGUCUCGAUCCACGUCAAGUGCUUCUCGGAAUUGGUGCAGUAUGGUGCGCAGGCAGUGCUGGAGCGGGAAUAUGGGCCGUACAUCGUCGCGCCGGAAAGCGGAUAUGACUUUUCGGUGCAAGUAGAUCUGGAGAAUCUGCCUGAAGACCAGGAGGCCAAAGACGAUCUGAUCCGCCGCAUAUCCCUCCUCAAGCGCAAUGCCAUGGCCGCACCGUUCGAGCAGGCCUUCGAUGAGUUCCAGCACUUGCAAGAGGAAGCUUCCAAAUAUACUUCCGAAUCGGCACCACAGGGCGUCAAGGAAGGCGGCGAGGUGCGGGCCAUCCAUUACCGAGAGGAGGAAGCCAUAUACGUCAAGGCGAGCCACGACCGAGUAACGGUAAUUUUCUCAACCGUGUUCCGGGAAGAGACGGACAGGGUCUUUGGGAAAGUCUUCUUGCAGGAAUUCGUGGAUGCCCGGCGAAGAGCAAUCCAGAAUGCCCCCCAGGUGCUCUUCCGCAACGACCCUCCCCUGGAACUACAGGGCAUCCCAGGCGUCAAUAAUUCUGGCUCUGGAGAGAUUGGCUACAUCACUUUUGUCCUAUUUCCUCGCCAUUUGACAAACCAACGACGAGCGGACGUCAUCUCACAUAUUCAGACGUUCCGAGACUACUUCCACUAUCACAUCAAAGCCUCCAAGGCCUACAUCCACUCGAGGAUGCGGAAACGGACGGCUGACUUCCUUCAAGUGCUACGCCGCGCCAGACCAGAGGCGGAAGAGAAGGAACGCAAGACAGCGAGUGGACGGACAUUCAAAGUCCAGUCUUGAGGGACCAUUGUGUAGAUCAAGUGAGGAAGUCGAUCGAGGAAUUUGGAGUCUCUUCCGGUCCAGGGGUUGGUAAAAGUUCCUGAUCCCCGAAGCCUUGCAUAAGGGCUGUGAGAGUUCGAAAGACGAACGGAAUAGGACAAGCGCUGGGGAUCACGCCAAAUACCAUAGAGAAGUUUCACAAUUGGAAAGCAAGCAGAGUACGAAAUCACAUACCUGCACGUGUAAAUCCCC